UCCUCUUCCCCUCUAUUUCUACAGAAUCGAACUGUUUUUUUUUUUUUCCUUUUCUCCCUUUUAGCUCUGAAUGAUAUCUCCUUUGUCAUAAACCAAAACAGAAUUCAAUUCAAAGUUAUUAAGCUAUAUUUGCUUCUCAUAGCUCAAAUUUGCUACACUAAUUUGCAUUUAAGAAGCAGCAAACCCAUUCCAUGGCUUCUUCUACGUUAUCAAAGAAGCAGAAAAAGAGAGACAAAUACUCACUUGCCGAGCUCAAAACCCUAGGUCAUCAGCUUCUUUCUUCAAGAGCUCACGUUAACAAUCUUCCUCUCCUCCUCUCAUUCAUCACCCCCACCACUCGACCCCAAUACGCCCUCGAAUCUCUCCUUUCUCUUCAAUCUUUCUUCACUCCUUUGCUUCCUCAACUCCCUUCUUCUUCUGUCUCCUCCUCCGACUCCCAAAAUGAUCCUGAGUUCAUUUAUCGAAUAUGGGUUCGUUCCAAGUUUGACGACUUCGUUCAAUCCCUACUGGAUAUUGCUAUCUGUUCACAAUCCGAUGAAGCACUUAGAGAAGUUGUGUUGGACACGUUGAUGGAGUUUGUGAAAGUUGGAAAUGGUGGAAAGUUUCACUCUGCUAUUUACCACAGGCUUCUUCAUAUCUUUGUAAGUUACAGCUUAUUUGGAUGGUGGUUACCCAUCAUUUCAUAAUGUAUAGUUUUGUACUGUAUAUUAAU